UCUAUAUCCGCGCGUCAGAUGCAUGUGAAGGCAGAAGCUUGUUUUUCCUCCGACUAUACCUAACUUAUCAAAAGCACAUGUGCAAAACAGGCGUAAUUAUAACUGUAGUUUGCUUUAAGCAGGAUGACACCGUGAGAAUCAGCUAAAAGUCUAUUAUUAAAAUGGUGUGGCGAACACUAACUCUUCGCGCCAAGAACAUUCAGCAGGGCUUACCGGUCGUAUUACCGUCAGAAGUUCCAAAAGCUGCUUCGAAGAAAAAAGCGUAUGUAAACAAAGCCUUCAGAGAGACCUCAUUCAUUGAACGCGUGCGAUUGAAGGUGUUUGCUGGUGCAGGUGGAUCAGGGUAUCCCAAAAUUAACGGAGUCGGCGGCAACGGAGGAAGCGUAUACGUGAAAACUAUUGAAAAUAUUACGCUUCACAGAGUGCUUCAGCAGUAUCCUGAUCGCCGGGUAAAAGCGGGUGUAGGCGAAAAUAGCCGGCCCCAUGUUUUGUUAGGGAAAGCGGGUGAAGAUGCCAUUAUUGAAGUGCCACCGGGGGUCUCUGUUGUUGACAGUGCAAAUAGACAACUCGUCGACCUGGUUGACCCGGGCGAGAAGUUUCUGAUUGCCAAAGGAGGUCUUGGAGGUUCUUUACGCAACGGAUAUAAUGGCAGAAGAGGACAAGAAGCAAUCAUCGGUCUUUACCUGAAGCUCAUUGCCGAUAUAGGAUUUGUCGGAUUUCCUAAUGCUGGCAAGUCUACGCUUCUGCGUGGUCUCUCGCGCGCCAGGCCAAAAGUGGCCAACUACCCUUUCAAGUGGUCAUACUUUUUACAGCCGGUCUAUACAGAGCGAUCCAUGCGUCACUUCCUAGACAUAUGGAAUAUGUUAGGCGAUUCUCCUGUUGCUUUUACGACUCUUCGUCCGAAUAUUGGCACAAUGGAAUAUGAAGACUUCCGACAAAUUACUUUAGCUGACCUACCAGGCCUUAUCGAAGGCGCCCAUCAAAAUGCGGGCCUUGGGUAUAACUUUUUGCGUCACGUGGAACGUACCAGUUUGCUGCUGUUUGUGGUCGACGUUCACGGCUUUCAGUUAAACGAGAGAUCACCUUAUCGCAACGCUUUUGAAACUGUCAUGUCGCUUAAUAAGGAACUGGAACUUUAUAGAGCAGACCUAGUAUAUAAGCCAGCUUUAUUGGUACUUAACAAGAUGGAUACCGAUGCAGCGAUGAUAAAAGCAGAAGAGUUUACCGAAAAUAUGGCCAGUCAAGAGGCCUUUGAAAACCUUCCAGAUGAAGUACGGCCAAAGAGAAGGAUUGAUUUUAAGGAAACGGUUCACAUUAGUGCGAAGAAUAUGGAAAACGUAAAAACACUGCAAGAAAAUCUUCGGGCUUAUCUGGACGAGCUUUUCGAGGCCAGUCGGUCUUCGCAAAGCGCCGAUAGAGCUCCUAUUCAGCUUCCUUAUCUAACCGACCAAUUGGUAUAAGGAUGUCUCACUUAAAUCGGGUGGUUGAUUUUUACCUAAAAGGCACAUCGGAUAUUCAAUAUCUUGUAACGAAAUAUAGCACAAAGUUAUAAUCGCUGCGUCCUCGACUCAUAGAUAAACCCGUGCCCUAACUAUCUGUACUUAUAUUUAUUAACUAUAUAUGUUGAUUAACAAAUAGAAGGGUUCGUUAAUAGUAUUGAUCCAUUUCGUAAAAAAAAAACAACUUUUUUCUUACUUCUUGUUGCUUUGUUUAUUUUUCUAACUUCCUAAAUGAAUUACUGUGGUUCCGUGCUGAAUAGAUUCGUAGUUAAUAAAUCUCAAUUAGAAAAGAUCAGGUGGAAGUUGCGCUAAUGAACUGGAAAGCUAUUUAAGUUCAUUCAUAUGAUAAAGUAUGCUUUGGGGAUCAUCUGUGAGAGGGAGAAAUACUUCAAGUAGAUAGAUUUCAUGCUAUCAAUAUUUCCUCGAGGUUAUCACUGACUUAUGGUGAAAAUACGGGUUCGGUCAAUGUCGUGUCUAAAUAGCAUCACAUUUUCUUAUCGUCAAGCUGUCGAUUCCAAAGGUUCACACUGAUAUCAAAUAAAAAUGUAGAGCUUA